UUCCGCUCCGCAGAGUCGGAGUGACCAGGGCGCAGGGAGGGCGGCACUCGGCCCUGGGUUCCGCAGCCCCACACGCUCCCUCCACCGCGGGACCUGGGGCGCCGGACCGCUCCCCAGAGGGCUGAGUGCGCCGCAGGCGGGAGCUGGGCCGGGCGGCGGCGAGGGAGGGAGCGAGAAGCUAGCCGAGUCGCAGGCGCACGGCUCCGGGUCCCCUCCCAGCCCCGGCAGGUGCCCGUCACCGCCAGACUCGGGCUGCCCCUGGGAAGGGCUGUGCGCCCGCCACCCGUCGGGGACAGCAGCUGCUCCGCGGGAGCGCAGGGAACGAGUCCACGCGACGGUCCACACGGGACAGGUCCUGGAUGAGCAGGAGCUGACAGCAGUGAGUCCCGUCUUCUCUGUGCUGGGGAGCAGGGCCGCGUGGCCCCAGGGGCACUGAUGCCGAAGAACAGCAAGGUGACCCAGCGUGAGCACAGCAACGAGCAUGUCACGGAGUCGGUGGCCGACCUGCUGGCCCUAGAGGAGCCCGUGGACUACAAGCAGAGCAUCCUGAAUGUGGCAGGCGGGGCAGGUGGCAAGCAGGGGGCGGCGGAGGAGGAGCUGGACGCUGAGGACCGGCCGGCCUGGAACAGCAAGCUGCAGUACAUCCUGGCCCAGAUCGGCUUCUCCGUGGGCCUCGGCAACAUCUGGAGGUUCCCCUACCUGUGCCAGAAAAAUGGAGGCGGUGCCUACCUGGUGCCCUACCUGGUGCUGCUGAUCACCAUCGGGAUCCCACUCUUCUUCCUGGAGCUGGCUGUGGGCCAGAGGAUCCGCCGGGGCAGCAUCGGCGUGUGGCACUACGUGUGUCCCCGCCUGGGGGGCAUCGGCUUCUCCAGCUGCAUUGUCUGCCUCUUUGUUGGACUGUAUUAUAAUGUGAUUAUCGGGUGGAGCAUCUUCUACUUCUUCAAGUCCUUCCAGUACCCACUGCCCUGGAGUGAAUGUCCUGUCGUCAGGAAUGGGACCAUGGCAGUGGUGGAGGCAGAGUGUGAGAGGAGCUCGGCCACCACCUACUUCUGGUACCGAGAGGCCUUGGACAUCUCCAGCUCCAUCUCGGAGAGCGGGGGCCUCAACUGGAAGAUGACCCUGUGCCUCCUUGUGGCCUGGACCAUUGUGGGCAUGGCCGUCGUCAAGGGCAUCCAGUCCUCAGGGAAGGUGAUGUAUUUCAGCUCCCUCUUCCCCUACGUGGUGCUGGCCUGCUUCCUGGUCCGGGGGCUGCUGCUUCGAGGGGCCGUCGAUGGCAUCCUGCACAUGUUCACUCCCAAGCUGGACAAGAUGCUGGACCCGCAGGUAUGGCGGGAGGCGGCCACCCAGGUCUUCUUCGCCCUGGGGCUGGGUUUUGGGGGCGUCAUCGCCUUCUCCAGCUACAACAAGCAGGAUAACAACUGCCACUUUGAUGCCGCCCUGGUGUCCUUGAUCAACUUCUUCACCUCGGUGCUGGCCACCCUCGUGGUGUUUGCUGUGCUGGGCUUCAAGGCCAACAUCAUGAACGAGAAAUGCGUGGUUGAGAAUGCCGAGAAAAUCCUGGGGUACCUCCACAGCAACGUCCUGAGCCAGGACCUCAUCCCCCCCCACGUCAAUUUCUCCCACCUGACCACCAAGGACUACGAGGAAAUGUACAAGGUCAUCAUGACCGUGAAAGAGGACCAAUUCUCAGCCCUGGGCCUCGAUCCCUGCCUGCUGGAGGACGAGCUAGACAAGUCCGUGCAGGGCACAGGCCUGGCCUUCAUCGCCUUCACCGAGGCCAUGACACACUUCCCUGCCUCCCCGUUCUGGUCCGUCAUGUUCUUCCUGAUGCUCAUCAACCUGGGCCUGGGCAGUAUGAUCGGGACCAUGGCGGGCAUUACCACGCCCAUCAUCGACACCUUCAAGGUGCCCAAGGAGAUGUUCACAGUGGGCUGCUGUGUCUUUGCAUUCCUCGUGGGGCUGUUGUUCGUCCAGCGCUCCGGAAACUACUUUGUCACCAUGUUUGAUGACUACUCAGCCACCCUGCCGCUCACCGUCAUUGUCAUCCUUGAGAACAUCGCUGUUGCCUGGAUCUAUGGAACCAAGAAGUUCAUGCAGGAGCUGACUGAGAUGCUGGGCUUCCGGCCCUACCGCUUCUAUUUCUACAUGUGGAAGUUCGUGUCUCCACUGUGCAUGGCUGUACUCACCACAGCCAGCAUCAUCCAGCUGGGGGUCACGCCCCCGGGCUACAGCGCCUGGGUCAAAGAGGAGGCUGCCGAGCGCUACCUGUAUUUCCCUAACUGGGCCAUGGUACUCCUGGUCACCCUCAUCGUCGUGGCGACCCUGCCCAUCCCAGUGGUGUUCAUCCUGCGGCACUUCCACCUACUUUCUGACGGCUCCAAUACCCUCUCCGUGUCCUACAAGAAGGGCCGCAUGAUGAAGGACAUUUCCAACCUGGAAGAGAAUGACGAGACCCGCUUCAUCCUCAGCAAGGUGCCCAGCGAGGCGCCCUCCCCCAUGCCCACUCACCGCUCCUACCUGGGGCCUGGCAGCACGUCGCCCCUGGAGCCCAGUGGUGACCCCAGUGGACGCUAUGGGAGUGGCUAUCUCCUGGCCAGCACCCCAGAGUCGGAGCUGUGAUCACCACCACCCCACCCCUGCCCGCCUCUCCCCCAUGCCCAGCCAGCCCCCGUCCCAGCCUGGCUGCUCCUCCCAGGAGAGGGGUCUGCCCUGCCUCAGCCCCCACCCCAGUCCCAGCCGAUUCUGUUCCCCAGACCUGAGUGGGGGCCGCGCCUUCUAACCCUCCAAGGUUCUCUCACCAAAUGGCAGCCGAAUAACUGGAACAAUCCAGAAGUUCUGAUUCCCAGCACAGGAGAGACUCCAAGUGGCCACUUUCGGGGUCACCCCACUCUCCUCUCCCCCUAACCUGCUAUCUGCAGUUCUUAGGUCUCAGAGGCCUCUGUUGCCAGGUGGUGUGGUGGUGAAGCCACGGGGGCAGGGCGGGAUGUCCCAGGGGCUGCCUGAUUUAAGGCUGCGGAUGGGACAGACAUGCUGGGCCCCGGGGCUCCAGCUGGGGUGGAGUUCUGUUGUGUCAGGCAGAUGGUGCCCGGUAGCAGAGGGGCGGGGGCUCCGCCACCCCCAGCUCUAGGUGGGAUCUCUGAUGUCCUAGGCCUGCCUGGGUGGGUGGGGUGUGCUCCUACAUCUUGCCUGGGAGGGCAAUGACUAGGCUUGAACCCUCCCUGCGUCCAUUAGGGCUUAGCCAUCUCCCUGUCCUUUCCCGCCCCUGUCCCAUCCUGGAGCCCCGAGUGGUGGCCUCUGCCUUUUUCUUGAGGUUUCCGGAGCACGCUGUCCACAGCACAAUUUGGAUCGUUUGGAGCACAAUUGCACAACCCCCUCCUCCCGUCUGGGACCCAACUUUCUCUCUAGUGGCAGCUUCUCCCCUGGAACGGGGUCCCUGGAGUUCAGGGGACCUCACACAGGAAGCCUCGCACCUGGGGAAACAGAUACUUCCACUGCCCUUUUGGGUCCCCACUCACCCUCUGUUGUAUAAGCACAGCUAUCCGACCCGUGGUGGUCAGGGCCACAGGCAGUGCCGAGGGGAGGUUGCCCGGGGGGCUGGGUCUCUGCCCACCCCCACUCUUACCUUCUGGCCUACCAGGAAUAGAGCUGCCCUCAGAGUAUAGGCUGGGAGGGUUAGAACCUGACCAGAGAACAGAUGUCUGCAGGGUGGUGGAUGGACCAAAGGGAGGAUGG